AUGUCCCAGUCAGCUAGCUCCCACCUUGCCACUCUGUCCGCCAUCUUGCCACUUGUCCACUCUUCCCCACUUUCCCGCUUCACCUCUCCUAGCAGUUUGGGAAAAGAUCAGAAGGGAGAUGACUCUAAUAUGGAAGACCUGAAUUUCUGGAAGACUUUGCCUUCAUCAAGUCAGAGAAAGAUGCCUAGAUCAAAAGUUUUUGCAAAUGAGGUUAACUCAGAGAAGGGAAAAUUCUCUCUUCAGGAUCUCCAACAUAGUGACUAUGAAGAUUUUUUUAAAGAGCCUACAAAAAGUGAGAGUGAACAUAGUAUAUGGACAGCCAGUGGAUCCUUCCUAAGAGACAAGUGGAACAGUGAGGAUGAGCUGGCAGGGCCAUCCCAGACUGUUUCUCCUCAUCUGCACGACAGUAUACAAAUUGUUUCUGAAAGGGAGUUAGCUCAGUUGGCUCAGGUUCAGCCAUUAAUAUUCAGUUUUCAUGAGAAAUCAGCUAUCAAGGAUUGUUUUAAAAUGCUUCAGAAAAAAGUAGAAGAACAUGAAAUCAUCCAGGAAUUUAUGGUAAAUAUUUUAGUCUUAACAAAAGAGUUGCCAGUACCUAUUUAUAGACCAGUGGUGCCAAGUUGGCAGCUAAGAGUUACUGAAGAACUUUUAAAAUGUGAAGGCUUUAAGGCUUUAUCCAUCAAUAUUCUAUAG